UCUUUUAAACUGACCUUUUGUCGAUCUGAAAUGAAGACCGAUUCAGCAACUGCACAGUCAGUAAGUCCGACUGCCUUUCCUCCUGACGGUCGGUUGGUGUGUCAGAGCCUUUAGACGUAGAAACGUCUCUGGCUGACUUUUGACUGUCUCCAGCUGUUAUUCUUUAAACGUGAACAGCAGUAGAAUGAUCUUAAAUAUGCACUUGAUGGCUAAAUACAUAUAUCCAUAUCCUGCCAACGCUGCAUGUCCUACACAAAAAUCAGCAUCCUCACCAGUCCAUGAUCCAUGUAGAAGAGCAUUGUUCAUGUAUUUCAGGGUGGAGGUAGUUAGUCCAGUAUUAUAAGUAAAAUGUAAGACGUGUUUAAUUCUGCCAUGACACUGUUAGGCUGCUUAGUUUACAUACUUGGACAAUCGAGACAGGUUGGAUUUAUGCUUUAUAGUUCAUAUUUUCAAGCAAUAUGUUUCACUUUUAACACUAAAAAAGCCAAAAAAGACACCCCUCUCUUUAGUCUUUAUAUUCAGAAUAUCUGUCUGAAUGCAAUCCCACACACGCUGCUGUUCCAAGGAGGGAUCAUAUUGUAAACACUCACCAGUGUAACAACAUAUCAAAUCCCAGUAGGCCAGUGGCCAAGUCAGCUUUUUUAAAAACUGAGUAAAGUCAGAGCAGGUGGAGCAUCAGUUUGAACAGCGUCAUACAGUUUGUGUAUAUCUGUCUGCCUCUCCAUGCUCCUGCAUUCCUUUUGUCUUACAUCCUGUUGUCACCCCGCAGAGCAGCACUGAACAGGGACUGAGGGCCCUGUGGUUCCUAGCAACCGUUACCAUGGCUCCAGUCUGCCCUGCCUAGAUCUCACACUCGACACUGUGUGCGUGUUUAAGGAACUCGCUUGGCUUCUUGUCAGUGCAUUUCUUCCUGUAAUAGCAGACAGGCACUUCCUGCAGAACAAAGCUAGAAGGAAAGAGAUGGAAGAGAUACAAGAGAUCCCGGCCUUUUAUGAAGCCUGUGUCUAAAGCUGGGACAGAUCGAGGAAAGUUUGGGCUGGUUGCAUUUAAGCCAGGUGAUUUUUCCUUUUAAAAAGAAUUGUUCAGGUUGUUAAGUGUGAGCAAUGAAGAUUUUCCAAUGUUGUUUUUUUAGUAAAGCAACUGGACUUCAUGAUGAUUUAAAGAAAAGGUUUGACAUCGUUGGGAGAAAUAUGUGACGUGGGCUUUUCCGGAGAGGAUUAAAGCACAGGGACAGCUAGACAACAACAACAACAACAACAACAACAACAACAACUACUACUAUGGAGGUGGUACGCAUUCAUUGUUUCGAUCAAGGACACACAACGCAGGGCUAACUUAGGGAAAUAGGCUUACUUCUGUCAUCAUCAAACUCGCCGUAAAACUCAGUUUUGACCAAAUCUGUAUCACAGACUUUAUUGUGUUAAACCAAGUUAGUGUGUCUUCUCUCUCUCUCUCUCUCUCUCCAGGGGCCUUUAUUCACCCAACUGGGUGAGUCCACCAGACAAGAGGUGCUGUGGCUAAUCACUGGCUGUGACCUCUGAUCCCUGAGGAGCAUGAGUCAUGGCCUCAGUGGUGCUGGUCGACGCUGGUGGGACGGUGGUGGAGUAUGUCGCAGCUGAAGAGGACCCCGAGCAGGAGGGAGAGGUGGACAUGGAGUUUGAAGGGGAGGUAGAAGGCGAGUGUGAAGCUGAGGAGCCCUAUGAAGAAGUACAGGACAGAGAGGAGGCUGAGGAUUACCCAGCAGUCAUAGUGGAGGAGAUACCCGGCGCCAGCAUGGCCGACGAGCAAGGUUACUCAGCCCAGGUGUUUGUGUGUGAUGACGAGGCCUACCUGAUGCAGGAAGUGGGCGAUGAGCAGGAGGUGGAGACAGAAGGGGAGCCAGUGGAGGCUUCUGUCCAUGGCACCAGUGUUCACUGCUCUGACAAGACCUUUGAGGCUGCAGAGGCUCUGCUCCGCAUGGACUCACCUUCCAGCCUCAGAGAGGACCGUAGCCCAGAAGCGUUCAUCCCGCCUUGCAUUGUGACGCCAGACUUCCUUCACGCCGCCAUGCGUCCCGACAUGAUUACAGAGUCCGAGGUGGAGAUAUCGACGGAGGAGUACUGCGAGGAGGAGGACGAUGAUGAGAAUAUUGGCACCCAGAUGGAAGACCCGGAGCCAGACUACGAGCCCGUCAGGAAGAGGAGAGCUGGACGGAAGCCAAAGACGCACCAGUCAACUAUUUCCAACGGCUCACUGGACCUGGGCAUCAAGAAGAAACCAAGAGAAGGGAAAGGAAGCACCACCUACCUAUGGGAGUUCCUGUUGGACCUCCUCCAGGACAAGAACACCUGUCCCAGGUACAUCAAGUGGACCCAGAGGGAGAAGGGCAUCUUCAAACUGGUCGACUCAAAGGCGGUGUCCAAGCUGUGGGGCAAACACAAGAACAAGCCAGACAUGAACUAUGAGACCAUGGGACGGGCACUCAGAUACUACUACCAGCGCGGCAUCCUUGCCAAAGUGGAGGGCCAGCGGCUGGUGUACCAGUUCAAAGAGAUGCCCAAAAACAUCGUGAUCAUCGACGACGACAAGGCGGAGAUGCCCUACCCCGACGACCUGACGGGCUCGGAGAGCGCAUCCUACGAGCGCGUGGCGCCUCCGUCAGACAUGCUGCUGCAGGAAGCCGAUCUGUCAUCCUCCAAGAAGCCCAACAUCCUGCGGGGCGGGAACAGGGCCAACGCGGCCCACGCUACGGUCGCCGCGGGCAGCAGGACCGUGGCGGGAGGCGGCGCAGCAGCGGCGAUGGUGGCAGGGAUACAAAGGAUAGUGUCUGUUUCGGGAGCAUCGGAUGGGAGUCCGAUCCAGCAGUCGCACACGGCCAUCAUCCCUACCGCCAGCGGGCCCAGGACGGUGCGGGUGGCAAUGCAGGUGCCUGUCGUCAUGACAACCUCGCUGGGUCAGAAAAUCUCAACUGUUGCCGUGCAGCAGCCCACAGGGACAACGGGGGCCACCGGCCACACCACCCUCCUCACCAACUCGUCUGCCGGGAACGCCAACUCGCAACAGAAGGUUGUGAUCCAGACCAUCCCCACCAUGAUCCCAGCCACCGCCGAGAACGGAGACAAGAUCACCGUCCAGCUGGCCAAGAUCAUCACAAUCCCGGCGCACCAGUUGGCUCAGUGUCACCUCCAGACCUCGGCGGGCUCCAACAAGCCCGGCGUCGGGGGACCCCCGGCGGGCCUCAGCCUCCUCGGGAGCCCCCUGACGGUCCGGGCCCUCGCGCCCGUCAACGUCGGCCCGGGAGCGCAGGUGAUGCGGCUCAGCAUGCCCACGCCACAACAGACUCUAGUGGUGUCGCAGGCGGGCAGCGGGGCGGGGGUGGUAACGGUGUCGGCGGCCAAUCACGCGAUGGCGCCGCACCCUCGGAUCGUGAAUUCCGUCGUGGUCAACGGCUCGGAGCUCGUGAUAGGAGCGCCGGCCGCCGGAGGAGUCGCGAUGGAGAAGCUGAAGGCCGCGGGCGUCCAGCUCCAAACCGUGCAGUUGCCGGUGACGAUGGCCGUCCAGAAGAACCAGGGGAGCCCCAAAACGGUCCCGAACGUCCAGUCGGACGCCGUGGACGCUGAGGUGGUCAUCCAACUGCAAACGCCUGACGUGGCGAUAAAGAGCGAAGAGCCGGAGUGUUGAAACGCACCCUGUUGCAGCGGUCAGUUUGUACAUGUCUGACGUCGUUUUUUUUUGUUUUUUUUUUUGCUCUUGUAAUAACCAGCAGCAGUCUGUGAGAGAAAAAAAAAAAAAAAAAAAAAAAAAAAAAAGACUCCCGAAAGGCCUGUUUUUAGUCCUGAACCUGUCUUCACAUCCUCCCUGUUGUUCCCAGAACUUUACCGAUCCACGCUGGUCCUCAGAAACCUCGCCGAGGGGUCGUGUACGGAGCUCAAACUGUGCUGUACACGCGGACCUUAAAGGGCCAGGUUGGGAACGGUGAAGGGACCAACCUUGAUCACUACAACCAAUGGCUUCCCAGUGGAUCGCCAUCACUGACUUCCAUAAAAAAAAAAAAAAAAAAAGUACUUUUUUUUUUUUUUUUUUUUUAAAUACAAAAAAAAAGAAAGAAGCUGAAACACUACAAAAUGAGGCAAAUAAUUACAACUAACCAAACUAUAUAUAUUUAAAAAUACACAGUUGGGGGUGUAAUGAAGCCUUUUUUUAGAGACAAUUUGUUUAUAUCUUGGCUCUACAGAUUAUGCGAAAACCAGCAAUUUAUAAUUUUUAGUUUUUACUUCUAUCACUGUGCAGAUCAAGUGUGGCUGGUGCUACGUGAGUGCUAGAGAAAGAGAGACGGUGGAGCUGCGAGAAGCUCUCAGAAGGAACAUUAUCAGACAGAAAAUGGUCAUGUAUGUACAUAUUUAUAUAUAUAUAUAUAUAUAUCUACUAUAUACAGUUUACGGAGCUAAAGUUAACAGGACAGCCUUAGUUUUUUAAUUUUGACUUUCUUUUUCAUGUAUUGUCUGAACAGUAAGCUGAAAUAUUGUUUUUUUUUGUGUUUUGAUACCUUGUACCAAGCACAGUAUUAUUGAAACUAGUAGAACUAAUAUUUGUAAUAUUAGUUCCUGUUGUCACUAUCGGGCUGUUUGCCGGCUUCGAGGGAAAUGUCAAGGUUUGAAGUUCAGACUUCUUUGACUUAAGGGUCUUGGCUAUUUCUCCAUUAUUUUUAUUUUUUGACAAAUGUUUGCUCUUUUCACAACCCUACAUGGAAAUGCAAAGAAAUGUGACUCAGAGCUGAUGCAUGCUGCCAUCUGUUGAAAAAUAAUCCAAAUGCAAUGAAAAUCCUUAGUUUAUGCAAUAUGGCUGCGAAAAAUAUAAAACCACUAUGGAUCCCAGGUCACUUUACUUAAAACAGAAGGUCAAUUUGACAGCAUACAUUUUUUUGUUUUGUUUUUUGUACUGCCUUUUUGGCCCUGCCCCCCUACAUUUCAAUAUUUUUGUCUAAAGAGGAAAGAUGGAGAGAGAUGUGUGUUCAGACUGAACUGUUUGUAUAUUCAACAUUUGAAGUAUAUUCUAUUUUCUUGUACUCUUGUUUCAAAGUGUAUUAAAGUAGAUUUUACUGAAUAUAAAAAGACAUUUGAAGCCUGA